UACAGUUUUUAUUUUAAAUGUUUUUUUUUGUUUUGUUUUUUACAUCAUUUGGCGUUUUAAACUACUAUAGGUUAUCAGUAGAUACUUUCGCUAACCGGUUGUUGUAAGAAGAAAUAUUAAACAGACUUUAUUUUGUAAAAUCUGACGUAAUGUAAGAAACGGAAGUUGCUGACUUUUGGCGCAUGGGCAAACGGAUCUAGGAGCUGAAAGAAUUUGACGGAAACAAAAUGGCGGAAUGAACUGCAGUGGCUUCCUAAAGAAGAUUACAUUUUACGAUCUACAAACUUUAUAGAUUGUCAAAGACUGAGUUUCUUCUUGAGCCCGCCUACCGGAAGUUGAGUUUGGAGCGAUGGCGUGUUAGCGGAAGUGAAGAUUGAAGACUUGACAGAACAUGGACGACUACUGCCAUGCUAAGAUGGCGACGUCAGACCCACCAACUUCCAGCAAAUCCCCAACGGAGAAAAAGAUGAAAACUGAAGAUGAAGACGUCCAGCAGCUGAUUGGUCAUCCAGAAGAACUUCUUCCUCUGUCAGGGGGGAGCUCUAUUUUUAUGCACGAGGUUUCUCAGCACACCCACGUUAAAAAGGAAGAGGAGGAAAUCUGGAUCACUCAGGAAGGAGAGUGUCUUCUAGGACCACAUGAAGCUGAUCUCACCAAGUUGCCACUCACUGUUGUCUCUGUGAAGACUGAAGAUGAUGAAGAGAAACCACAAGUAGACAACCUCUUAGCUCCACUAUCAGAUAGUGAGCCUGAGGAGGAGGUUGAAGUAACUUUGAGCAGCGAUACAGACUGUGAAGGUAUUACGGGGACUCACACUGACGACAAACGCUCUUGGUGUUCAAAAAAGAAGAGAGGUAAAAUACUUUUAAGUUGCUCGGUUUGUGGUAAAAACUUUACUCAAAAAAGCAAUUUGACGCAACACAUAAGAACACACACAGGAGAAAAACCGUUUAUAUGUUCAGUUUGUGGUAAGAAAUAUUCUCAAAAGAUCCAUUUGACAGCACACAUGAGAACACACACUGGAGAAAAACCGUUUAAUUGUUCAGUUUGCGGGAAAAGAUUUUCUCGCAAGAACGAUUUGCCUGGACACAUGAGAACUCACACAGGAGAAAAACCCUUUAAUUGUUUAGUUUGCCCGAAAAGUUUUUCCCUAAAGAAUCAUUUGACUAAACAUAUGAGAAUGCACACAGGAGAAAAACCAUUUAAUUGUUCAGUUUGUGGUAAAAACAUGUCUCACAAGAGCAGUUUGACUGAACACAUGAGAACACACACAGGAGAAAAACCUUUUAAUUGUUCAGUUUGUGGUAAGGACUUGUCUCACAAGAGCAGUUUGACUGAACACAUGAGAACACACACAGGAGAGAAACGGUUUACUUGUUCAGUUUGUGGUAAAAAAUGUUCUAAAAAGAGCGAUUUGACUGGACACAUGAGAACGCACACAGGAGAAAGACCAUUUGAUUGUUUAGUUUGUGGUUUAAGCUUUUCUCAAAGGGGCACCAUGAGACUACACAUGAUAACACAUACAGGAGAAAAAUCAUUUAAUUGUUCAGUCUGUGGUAAAAACUUUUCUCUCAAGAACAGUUUGACCCGUCACAUAAUAACACACAAAGGAGAAAAAUUAUUCAAUUGUUCAGUCUGUGGUAAAAACUUUUUUCUCAAGAGCAGUUUGACUGGACACAUGAGAACACACACAGGAGAAAACUCAUUUAAUUGUUCAGUUUGUGGGAAAACAUUUACCAAAAAGAGCAAUUUCACUCGACACAUCAGAAUACACACAGGAGAAAAACCUUUUAAUUGUUCUGUCUGUGGUAAAAACUUUUCUCUCAGGAACGGUUUGACUCGACACAUCAGAAUACACACAGGAGAAAAACCUUUUAAUUGUUCUGUCUGUGGUAAAAACUUUUCUCUCAGGAACGGUUUGACUCGACACAUGAGAAUGCACACAUGAGAAACAUUUUUUUAUUCGAUUAAGGAUCCUUUUAUUGUCAUUGUAAAUAAUACAGCUCAUCCCUGGUUUGAAUAGAAUUUGAACAUGCAUACAAUUACAACAUGAUAUAAAAGGAAAUGUAGUUUAAAGGGGCCCAAUGAUGCAAAAUUAACUUGUCUGACCUAUUGGUACCUGCUGUUAUAUAUUUGGGAUCUGCAUAAUUCCUGAAAAUGUUAAAUCAGACUGUGGCGGUAUUGUGGAGAUGAUUACCAAACUUCCUUCAUACUUCCUCCAAACAAACCUGCACAGGUUGCAAUUGUCGUUCAGCGUUGUAGCCAAUAAGUUCCUUCUUCUCAAUCCUCUUGUUGUGGGGCAGACUGGCUCAUACAUGCACAUGUAUCCUCCGCUGUUGCUAAUUUUAAUACAAAGUAGCGUAUAGUUUAAACUCAUGUCUGUCAGUAGACUUGGGCAAUUAUUCUGACUUCGGGGGCCACAUUGAAAGAAAAGUGUGUCUAGGGGCCAGUGUGUAUGAGUGCAUGUAUGUAUAUAUGUGUGUAUGUAUGUGUGUAUAUAUAUAUAUA